GGUCUGAGGUUGCAAUUAAUUAAAAACCAAGCUGUUUCUGAAAGUUAGCAGAAUGAAGUAUAGAAAGUACUAAAUAUGCAUAGAGUGUAAAGACAAAUAAUUAAUUUCAGAUAACAAUAAUACAAUUUGUACACAUAUCUAGAAGAAAAGAAAAAAGAUAAAAUACAAUAUUUGCAUUUGAAUGUGUUAUUUAGAGAGAAUAUCACGUUGUAUAAACGAUGUUUUAGAAUAUAUAAGAAUAUUAUAAUAUAAGAAUAUUAUAUUGAUAAGAAUAUCAAUGUAAAGAAUUUCAUUUAAAAAAAUCACAGAUUACAAUAGUGAUACUGAUUUACUUAAUGAAUAAAUUUUAAGAAUGGCCAGGAUAAUUAUUAUGGACUUGUACUCAUAUCUACAGAAAUUUUCAAUAAUUUGACAUAACUAAAAUACAUGUAAUAUAUAUUUGUGAAUGCUGACAAAUGGAAAUAAAAUUAUGUUGGCUACAGUAUUUUAGCUGAAUAAUAAAAUUGCUUACUUUUAUUAUAUAUCAUGGUUCGACAAAGAUUUCCAAACAUUAAUGGUCUUAGAAAUGGUAAGCAUUUUGUAUUAACUCUUGUUACGGGUGUAGUUUUUGGAUUUAUCUCAGCGUGCCUUUUAAUAACAUCUACAAGAAAUGUGCCAUAUAUAUAUAACUGGUUUUCUGAUAGUUUUAUGCUUUCAAGAGAUCCACAUCAUUACUCAGAAUUGGAGUCAGAGGUUGGACCUGAAAUAGAAGUAAAAUUUCAUGGUAAAGAUGAAGAUUUUCAUAAAAAUGAAGAUAAAGUUGCACAAGAACUUGCAAAAAAAGUACGUGUUCUCUGCUGGAUCAUGACUGGUCCAAAAAAUCACCAAAGUAAAGCACAGCAUGUGAAAGCAACAUGGGGAAAACGAUGCAAUAUUCUUUUAUUUAUGAGCUCUGCUGAAGAUGCAAAUUUACCUACAGUUGUCCUGCCAGUAAAAGAAGGAAGAGAUAAUUUAUGGGCAAAAACCAAAGAAGCUUUCAAAUAUGCUUAUGAUAAGUACAAAGAUGAGGUUGAUUGGUUUAUGAAGGCUGAUGAUGAUACAUAUGUAGUGGUAGAAAAUCUACGAUAUAUGCUGUCAUCUUAUGAUCCAAAUUCACCAUUAUAUUUUGGCUGUAGAUUUAAGCCAUUUGUGAAACAGGGAUAUAUGAGCGGUGGCGCAGGAUAUGUACUUAGUAAAGAGGGUUUACGGAAGUUCGUAGAGGAAGCUUUACCUGAUAAAACAAAGUGUCGGUCAGAUAAUGGAGGUGCAGAAGAUGUGGAAAUGGGAAAGUGUUUGGAAAAAGUAAAUGUCAAAGCAAUGGAUACUCGGGAUCCACAUGGUCGCGGAAGAUUUUUCCCUUUUGUACCAGAGCAUCAUUUAAUUCCUAAUCAUGUAGAUAAGAAUUUCUGGUACUGGAAGUAUAUUUAUUAUGAUACCAAAGAUGGUCUAAAUUGUUGUUCCGAUAGCGCAAUUUCGUUUCAUUACGUAUCGCCUAAUAUGAUGUAUGUUCUUGAGUACUUAAUUUAUCACUUAAGGCCGUACGGUAUUACGCACGGUAUAGAACAACUUACAACACAUCAGUCAACCACUGUACUGAUUGAAUACUAGUCUAUAUACUAAUCUUUAAUUGAAAUAUGAAAAAAAAAUUCUGUUCAAAAAAAAUUUCCAAACAAAUAUUAAAAUUAAAAAAAGAAUAUUUUGAAUCUUAAUAAAUAAAAAUUGAAAAAUCUUACAUUAAAAUGGUUUGUUAAAAUUAUUUUCUGUGUAAAUUAAUCGUAAAAAUUAUUCAUGACAGAUUUUCAUUUAAUUAUUUAAGAAUUUGGAAAUUCUAAGUACUGCACUUUUAAAUUUUUCAUUGACUUAACUAAGCGAUAUUAAUUGUUUUUUUAUUUUAUUUCCAAUGAGUAUAACUAGUCCAUUCAGGCCAACGAAUUAGAUGUUAAUAUAUUCACUGAAAGAUAAAAUUUGUGGUAUAUAAUAUUUCGUAAUAUAUAUAUAAUAUUUAUACAUACCUAUAUAUGUAAUGAUGAAAAAUUUACUAUUUCAUUGUAUGAGCGAGAAAGGGUGUAUACUGUUUUAUAAAUAAAUGUUACAAGCAUAUUAGAAACAUUAUUAAUCAUUAACAUUAUUAAUUACUGGUAUUUUUUACUAUUUUUUCCAAUAAUCUCAUUAUACAUAUAUGAAUUUCUAAAACAAAACUUAAUGUAAUUUUAAUCAAAUACUAAUGAAAUGAAGUAUUCUUCUACAAUGAGAGAAUUUAUAACGAAUUUUAUAUUAUUCUGAAGUUCUUAAUUUUUACUAAUAAAUAAAUAUUUCUUUAAAAAAAGAAAAGAAAAAAUUAUAUAAUAAUUUGAUUUACUAUUGUCAAUUUAUAGUAAUUUGUAUCUUAUGAGAAUGAGACUAUUAGAAAUAUCACAUAUAGUUAUAUAUACUUCAAAUAGUAAUAAACUUUAUGAGAAAUGUUCAUCUAUUUCCAUUAUGCUUGUAAUAUCAAAACUGUAAGCAUACACAUUCUUCGUGUGAAAUGAGGUAUAUAAUUAUAUAUACACAUAAAACUGUAUUUCGUAAUAUUAAUAUAAUAAUGG